AUGGCCGCGGCUGCCGCAAACCUGCCCGGGGGCAUCACGUCCCUGUUGGACACGGAUCUCUACAAACUGACUAUGCAAUGUUGCGUCCUCAAGUUCUUCCCAGACGUGUCAGUCACCUACAGUUUCACAAACCGGACGCCGGACAAGAAGCUUAGUCGCGCAGCCUUCCAGUGGCUGCAGGCGCAGGUAGACAAGCUCGGAAAUAUCCGUGUAUCCCCAGAGGAGCUCCACUUUCUCAAGAAGAACUGCCCCUACCUGAACAGCCAGUACCUCCUCUUUCUCUCCACAUUCCACCUCAAGCCCUCGACACAGCUCAAGCUCUCGUUCACCGCGAUUCACGACACCGGCUCAGACGAGGACCUCGGCGACUUCCGCAUCGACACCGAAGGGUUGUGGUUGGACACAAUCUUGUACGAGAUCCCGCUGCUCGCCCUGGUGAGCGAGGCGUACUUCAAGUUCGUCGAAACGGACUGGUCCUACGAAGGACAGGUCGAGAAGGCAUACCAGAAGGGUGCAAAGCUCUUGCAAGAGGGCUGCCUGUUCUCCGAGUUCGGUACAAGGCGGCGAAGAGACUACCACACACAAGAUCUCGUCCUUCAGGGGCUGCGCAGGGCUGCAGAUGAAGGAAAGACAGCAGGAUGGCAGGGCAAGCUCUCAGGCACAAGCAAUGUGCACUUCGCACACAAGCACGAACUGCUGCCCGUAGGCACAGUCGCGCACGAGUGGUUCAUGGGCGUCGCAGCCAUCACGAACGACUACGAGCACGCCAACGAGAUCGCGCUCGAGUACUGGACGGCCACAUUCGGUGAGGGCGUCCUGGGAGUCGCUCUCACAGACACCUUCGGAACGCCCGCCUUCCUCAAGGCCUUCAAGAAGCAGAUCCCCAACAUCACAACCGCCAUCGAAGGCGGCAGUGCCACAAAAGCAUCUGCUGCAGCCACGACCGACCCGGGCACACAGUCACUGGCAACCACUCAGCCGCCGAUCCACGCUGGGCUCGAGGGUGGAAACAGACCACGGAGAACGUACGCAGACGUGUUUACCGGUGUGCGACAGGACUCUGGCGACCCGCUCAACUUUGUGAAGAUGAUGCGGGAGUUCUACGACCAGGAGGCCAUCACGGACAAGAAGACCAUCGUCUUCUCCGACUCGUUGAAUCUUGACUUGUGCCUCAAGUACAAGGCCGCUGCUGAGGCUGCAGGCUUCCAGCCUACCUUUGGUGUGGGAACAUUCCUGACUAACGACUUUGUCGAAAAGUCGACGGGCAACAAGUCCGUACCACUCAACAUCGUCAUCAAGAUCGCCUCCGCACAAGGUCGUCACGCUGUCAAGAUCAGCGACAACAUCGGCAAGAACACCGGCAACAAGGCGACGGUCGAGGAAGUCAAGCGGAGGCUCGGCUACACAGAGAAGGAGUGGGCUGGAGGAGACGAGAAGACGCGAUGGGGGACAGCAAAGCAGCUAGCCGCAUAG